AUGAAAAAAUUGUUGUUGUUCCUUUUGCUGACCUACUUAUGCUCCUCAGUUCUCUCGGCCAGCAUUUUGGAUUACCUCUCGCUAGCCACCGACGAUGCGGAAGCCAAGGAUGAUGACCAGGCCGGCCCGAGCAAGUGUUUAUGUAAUGGUCCUUCGUGUAUUUGCUGCAUCGACUUCAACAUGACGUUUGUCGAUCUGGGAGGUCCUGGCUGUGUGCGAUUGAAGUACAUUUCCGCCGAGGAAGGAAUCGCCCUGAACGUUUCCUAUGGAGACAGUGUGUUGCACAGUCAGCGGGUGAAGGGACCCGAUCCAGCUCCAACAUGCUUGAAUGUGUUCUCUAGUCUAGCCCAAAUAUGUGCCCGAUUUAAUGAACUGUUGCCCACCGAUGAAGGUAUGCGCGGGUGUCUGCAGCUUGAACCGAUGCUGCUGGGUGACGUGCAGAUUGAGCUUCCCCUUGGCUGCUUCCGGAUGGGGCCGAACGGCAUGGAGGUGAUUAAGUCAGCCGAAGAGCAGAUACGGGAGCAGAUUCCCAGCGAAAGCGAGGAAUCGACGACCCCGGUCGCAGUGGUCGCAGAGCAAUCGGCGGCCCCGGCGGCUGGUAAUGCAACGUCAGCACUGUCACUGCUUGAUACUCUCUCCACUGCCGACAUUUUGGCGGCAGUCAGUGAAUCGACGGACGAAGGUAUUGCAAUGAUAUCCAAUUGGCUCGGAUUAUCGGUGAAUAGCGUUCAGAAACCAGCUCCGGCCACAGAAACCGCAACGGAAAGUGUCGCGUCAGAGGCAGAGAGUGAUAAGAAGCCGGAAACUGAAGAGUAG